AUGCCAAAGCGGCCUCCUGGCUCGGCUUGCUGCCUCGCCCUCGCAUCGCAGGCUGCUGCCGUGUCCAGUGCCGUGGCCUUCAGCACGCACCCUUUGCAGAUCUUCGAAGCUCACGUCUUCUGCAACGCACUCUCGCACUCCUCACCGUCGCGCGCCAAAUCUUCGCAGGCGGUCCCAGAGGCUCGGAAAAACAGGGCAGCAGACAGGCAGCGCGUCCGAUCCACCCAAUUUCAGGCCGCAGACACGCAUAUCUCGAAUUCGAGCGUUUCGCAACGGUCACGUGCCAAGCUCGGCCGAGAACAUGCCGCGGAAGUUGCAGACGAUAGACAGCAACGACCAGACAUGACAGUGUCAGCAGAAGAUAGCAUGGCCGAAGUGCAACCGAUGUUGGAGUACCUUCAGCCUCGGACGAGAUCGCAACGGCCGUCCUCACCGCGCGACUCCCGCAAGAAACGCGAACAGCAUCGCCAACCGUCUCGACAUCCAACUCCACCAGCUCGAAGCGACGACCCUGUCGUCUGUGCGCUACUUGUCGCUCUCGCUGCCUCGCCAACCGGUCGCGUUCGUACCAAGACCACCAAGCGUGCCUCGCGCGUGCUCAUCGAGAAGUACUACCCUCGUCUGUCGAGCGUCGACUUCCACCAGAACAAGCGCGUCAUCGAUGAGGUCGCCAUCAUCCCCUCGAAGCGUCUGCGCAACAAGAUCGCCGGUUUCACCACCCACCUCAUGAAGCGCAUCCAGCGUGGCCCCGUCCGCGGCAUCUCGUUCAAGCUGCAGGAGGAGGAGCGCGAGCGCAAGGACCAGUACGUCCCCGAGGUCUCGGCCCUCGACACUACGGCCCCCGGCUCGCUCGAGGUCGACCCCGACACCAAGGACAUGCUGCGCUCGUUCGGCUUCGACAGCCUCCCCGUCAGCGUCACCGCCCCCGUCACUGCCUACCAGGCCCCCGAGCGCCGUGGCCGCCACGUCCCCGGUGCCGGCCGCCGAUAA